CGUACCAAUAAGAGUUGCAAUAGUUUGACGCAAUAAUAAAAAUGGAGUAUAAGCAACUUCACUGCUUGAUAUCAUCCCCAAGGAUCAUCAGUCAAGUUCCGACAAAGUGACUAGAGAUUCUUGCCAUCGACAUUGGUGUUACAAAGGAACUUAUAUAGAAGAAGAGAUGAUGUUUUUCCCAUCGUUUCUCGAUGGAUUGGCGAGGACGGUUUCAAUGAAGAAAGGGAAGAAUACUUGUAGUACGGAGGAUGAUAUCGGACGAGAAGUGGCGGAAACCUUGGCCAAGGAUGCCAAGAAGAACGAUUUGAUGUUGAGUUCCUCUGCUACUUUUAAGUCCAACAAAUCAAACAAAUUUGCCUCAAUCUGUUCCAAGAGAGGACAAAAGGGGAUCAACCAAGAUUGUACAAUAGUCUGGGAGGAAUUUGGAUGCCAAGAGGACAUGAUUUUCUGUGGUAUUUUUGAUGGUCAUGGUCCAUGGGGUCAUAUUAUAGCCAAAAGGGUCAAACAAUCAGUGCCUCCUUCUUUGCUUUGCAACUGGCAAAAGGCCCUUGCCUUAACCUCACUUGGCCAAGAACUCAACACCGAACCGAACCGAAGUACUCGUAAUCAUCAGUUUGAUAUUUGGAAACAAUCUUGCUUGAAAACAUAUGCUGACAUUGAUCAAGAGCUUAAACACCACCCUGGGAUUGAUUCAUUCCAUAGUGGAACAACAGCUUUGACAAUCAUUAAACAGGGUGAACAUCUUGUUAUAGCAAAUGUUGGCGAUUCAAGGGCAGUGUUAGCAACCAUAUCAGAUGAUGGCAAUUUGAUCCCAUUUCAGCUCACUAUUGAUUUCAAGCCUAACAUUCCCGAGGAAGCUGAAAGAAUAAGACAGUCACAAGGGCGAGUGAGCUGUUUAAGAGAUGAACCAGGGGUUUACAGGGUGUGGAUGCCAAAAGGGGACGCCCAAGGGCUAGCUGUUUCAAGAGCCAUCGGUGACCACUGUGUGAAAGAGUUUGGGCUAAUUUCAGUGCCUGAUGUGACACAAAGGAAUAUCACAAACAAAGACCAGUUUGUCAUUUUAGCAACAGAUGGGGUGUGGGAUGUUAUAUCCAAUGAAGAAGCAGUGGAGAUUGUUUGUUCCACAGAUGAUAGGGAGAAGUCAGCGAAAAGGUUGGUCCAAUGUGCGAUGAGAGCAUGGAGAUCUAAGAAAAGAGGGAUAGCAAUGGAUGAUAUUUCAGCCAUUUGCCUCUUCUUUCACCCCAAGCUGUUUCAAGAGGUCAACCCCUUCAAGGCCUCCAAAUAGAAGCUUGCUGAACUGCUAGGUUUUGCUUUGCUUCUUGCCAUUGGCUAUCUGUUUUUGGUGAUUCAAUAGACCCAUUUCAGUACUGCUGAAUAUAUGAUAGAAUGUAAUUCUGUAAACCCCUUCAGAUACUUUGACUUCAACACAUAAAAUGCCAUAGAAAAAAUGAAAAAAUUGAAGCAUACUACUGCCAAACAGAAUAAAGAAUCCCAAAAAGUUCCAUUUUCUUUCCAAACAAA